AUGAAAACAUAUAUCAAUAAAAAAAGAAGAAGAUAAUAAUCAAAGAAUAAAUUUUAUUCAAAAUUUGAUAAAGCAAAAUAUGAAACAAUAUUUAGUGAGUUUGAUUAAUAAUUUUAAUAAAAACAUGGUAAAAAGAAAGCAUAUUUUAUUCAAAGAAAAAAGGAGAUGAUAUAAAAUUGGACAUAAAAUUGAGUGUCAAAAAUUUUUUUAUUGGUGUGUGUUACAGGAAGAUAAGCAUAAGAGAGUUUUUCAUGUUGUGGAUCAGGGUGGUUGCUUUAUAUAGAAAGAGAAAGUUCAUUUGAAAAAUAGUUUGAUAUUGAAAUAGAAUUACCACCAAAAAGAAUAUAAAAUGGAACCAUAAUUAGAUAAACUAGAUAUGGUCAUGCAGUAUAUAUAUUUGUUAAUAGUAGAGUUAAUACUCUGGAGAACCAGCAGAUUUGUUGAUUGAAGUUGAAGAAGACAAUACAUUGAGGAGAGAUGGAAAUAAUAUCAUUAGUGAAUUAGAUUGA